GAGCGGCUAACGACAGCCAUAUGUGCACGAUCGUAAGAAUAUCCUUCGCGUUUAUGUGAAAAAAAUUAAUGUCCCGGAUAUCGCUUGAUAGGAAUCAUCUUGGCACAGACAUGACAGACAAGCAAACAGUUCCCUAGUUUGCGUUCAGUAGGGAAGUGAGUUGACCCAAGAUCAGGAUGGCAGAAAAGCCAGUCAAGACCGGCUCCAAGGUGGAGAUCAUAGGAAAGGGCUUGCAUGGCAAGGUGGCGUUUGUGGGCGUGACUGCCUUUGCAUCAGGCAAGUGGAUUGGGGUUGUUCUCGACGAACCCAAGGGAAAGAACAAUGGAAUCGUCCAAGGCAAAAAAUACUUCAGUUGCCCGGACAACCACGGGAUAUUCGUACGCCAGUCGCAAAUCACCGUAGAGGAGUCUCCCCCAGGCAGUGGGACAGCGUCCCCAGGAACUGCCUCGCCUGCCCCCACUGGCAUACCCAAGGCAGACAAGUUGUCUCCGUCUGGGAAGAAGCAGCCAGCAAGCACGUCAAUUAAGUCCAGCGAAUCACCGGCGGAGAAAUCGUUGUCCGUCCGUCGUAUCGCCAAAUACUCCCCCGCACGGCGAUCCACAGAGGGUUUGUCGAGAUCCCGUGUGGAGAGCCCCAUCACUGAUGCCCCUUCAACGCCUUCCUCUCGCCUUCCUCAGCCCCCCACAGCCGGUAGGCCAGCCAUCAGUGGCGGCGAUGCUCAGAGCUCAGAGCAGGUGGGCUCACUGAAGCUGGAGGUGCAGGAUCUGAAGGAGAAGUUGGAGACGCUGAGGAUCAAGCGAGCCGAGGACAAGAUGAAGCUGAAAGAAGCCGAGAAGAUGAAGAUACAGCUGGCGCAGUUGGCCGAAUUCAAAGCCAAGAUGAUCGAAGCCAAGAACGACCUGGAGAGACAGCUUCAGGAAGCCAAAAAGGAAGCUCGCGAGGCAACAGAGGCUCGUGAACGAUACCAAGAGGAGAUGUCGGAAGUGGCCGAGACUAUCGAGAUGGCAACUCUGGACAAGGAAAUGGCCGAGGAAAAAUGUGACUCUCUUCAAGCAGAGGUGGACACCCUGAAGGAGAAAGUUGAGGAGUUGACCCUUGACCUCGAACUACUCCGGGGAGAGAUCGAACAAGGAGGAACGGAUGGUGCCUCAGCCAAUUACCAGUUGAAACAGAUGGAGCAGCAAAAUGCACGUCUUAAAGAAGCACUGGUCAAAUUGCGAGAUUUGUCUAAUGCCGAGAAGCACGAGCACCAGAAAGCUCUGAAGGACAAGGACAAGAUCGUAGCGGAACUCAAGGAGACGAAGGCGCAGAAGGAAAGUGCUAACAAAGCCCUCAAGGACGCCGAGAACCAAAUCAUUGAACUUAAAGAACAAGUGGAUGCUGCUCUUGGCGCCGAGGGCAUGGUAGAGACAUUGACCGACAGGAACCUGGAACUGGAGGAACAACUCCAGGAUUUGCAGACCACCGUCGCGGACCUGGAAUCACUGAAUGAGAUGAAUGAGGAGCUGCAGGAGAAUGCCCGUGAGACGGAGCUGGAGCUGCGGGAGGAGGCAGACAUGCAGCGCAGCAAGGUGGCGGAGUACCAGCGCCGGAUAGAGGCCAUGAAGGAAGCCGCCUCAGACAGCCAGGAGACCAUCGCCAAGUUCCGCCAGCUGACUGCAUCCCUGCAGGAGAAGAACCGUGACCUAAUCAGUCAGCAGCAGAGCGCUGCUGUCUCCCAGGAUGCCGCAGCGGACAUGCCCACGUUCGACUUCAAGGCUAAGUUUCUGGAGACCAAAGUUCAGGCUAAGGCUGUUGAGGUUGACUUGUACAAGCUGCGCAUCGACCAGGCAAACCAGCACAUCGAUUAUCUCUGCUCCUUCAUGCCUGAUCAAUUCCUGCGCCGCGGAGGUGAUCAUGACUGUGUUCAAGUCCUGCUUCUUAUCUCCAGAAUGCUGGCCAAGUCGGAUCUCCUCGUCAACCAGCUCAAAGAAAGGGCUGAGAUUCCGGAGACCAUGAACCGUGAGGAAGUCCUGCGCAAUAACAAAGGGGAACAGCUAGCCUUCACCAACUUUCUGAUCUUCACCAUGUCCCAACUACAGGCCAUCCUCACCAAAUAUCAGAUUGCUCUGACUAACUGCAACGUGGCACUGCUCUGUAAGAUUGGCACCCUGUAUCCUGAGAUGUCACCGCACGAGACGGCCCUGGAUUACCUGAUUGAUCUAUUCCGCAAGGACCAGUUGGACGAGACAACCUCUCUGGAAUCCCUCAUGAAGGCCAUCGGGUUCUUCACCCAUCUCUACAACGUUCACCUGUCCCAGGAGAACGUGGAUCAGACCCUGCUGAUGGCCGACAGCGUGCGGCUGGUGUCCUCCGCCACAGACAUCGUUGGCCUGGAAAUCAAGAAGCUUCGAGUUCUGAUGCAGGCGAUGCAGGAAACCAGUGAUUUCUCGAUUCUGCUGAAGGAUUUGGAGGGAACCAACGCAGACCUCAAAACCUUUGCGCGCAUGAUUCGCCGGCGAUUACCCCAGGUUGAAGGCAGUGACGGGCCCACCCCAGGCCCACAGGCCCUCGUCUACGGAGGAGACGUGCAAAGCUCUUUGACUGAGUGCUGCGAGCACCUAAUCACCUUAGUGGCUGGACUGCGCGACCUCGGACAAGGUGCCAUGAAGGUUGCCGGCUCCUUGGCAGAUGCCUCUGACAAAGAGAAGAGAAAGAAGCAGGGCGGUAAGGAAGAUGCGGAAGGCAUCCCUGUGGCAAGGUUGGAGGAGAUUGCGGAGAGGGCAUCCGAUUUGGCAUACGGCAAGCAGGACAAAGGACCCUACCAGAGCUUCAGGGAGUCACUGGUCAGAGCCAUGGUCAUCAUGAGCAAGAUCAGCCAGGCAGUGCAGGAGGGAGAGUACGACUCCAACGUCCCCAUGGACAAGAUUCAGCCUCCCAUAGCUCGGCGUGCUAUUAAGGUCAAGUCGGAGAUCUGUGACUCGGAAGGCUUGGGUCACAAACUGGAGCUGAAAGACAGUGAGAUCAAAGACCUAAAACGACAGCUGAAACUCAAGCAAGAGGAGGUGAGCGCCAAUGCCGUCCGCCUGGGCCUGGUGGAAAAGAAGCUGGAGAAUGCCAGCCGAGACGGAGAGGACAAAGUAGGCAAAGUGGAGAGAGAGCUGGCCCAGCAGCACGACCUGCUCAAGAAGAAAGAGAGGGAGUUUGAGGACACGCUGGACCACAUGCAGUCGGACAUCGACGCCCUGGAACGGGAGAAGCUGGAACUGAAGCAACGCCUGACGCAGGUGUCCAAGAAGGCGCUGUUUGAGAGCCUGACCAGCAAGACGGCGCCCUCGGGGAUCGCGGCGGUCGUGGCCGGGGCAGCCGGAGGCAACCAGGGGGGUACUUCACCAACAAGUCCCACAGGGGGCGGCGUGCCCCUGGGUAGCCAGGUUGUCAUCAAGGAUUCGCCCAUGCUUGUACAGCAGAUUGAGUCGUUGAAGCAUGCUCUCUGUAAAGUGAAGGGAGAGAACGUGCGCCUCAAGUCUGCUGAAAUGAAGCGGAUCAUGGACACCCUGCCUCCGCUCCACGUGCCCAAGAAGCCGACCGGUCUUGCCAGCCCCACGGGCUUCGUGGCCCUGGUACCAUCCACGGAGGAGCCUAGCGAGGCAGCACCAGCAGAUGGUGGUACUGCUGCUGCGCCCAAACCACCUGUGGCCAGCGUGGACGCACAGAUGGACGUGACCCUCCUGGCCAGGAGAACCAGAAAGCUGCUUCAGGAGUUGCACCACUUGAGUGCCAGCCCCAAAGUGGUUGACAUCACUCAACGCAAGCCUGGCAUGGUUCCAGCCAUCGACAAAGCCAUGCCCAUCCACCAACUUGUAGACAGGAUGGCCAACAUGCAGCAACUGAAGACGAGCAUAGCGCAGCUCCAGAACGAGAUGCAAGCACUGCUGUCCAGCCAGCGACCGGGCGCCCAGGCCAAGACUGAUUUCUCGGUCUUCCCGUCAGCCGACUUCUCCAAGGUACAGACCGAGAAGACUGGUGCCCCACGCGUCGGCAAGCUCUCUAUCCCCGUCAGCGGUGACCAGCAGCCUUGUAGCUACUCAGUCAGCCUACAGCAGUCCCAGCUGCGACGGGUCCAUGCCCAGCUCAUGGCCUGAGGGGGUAGGAGCAGUGUGGAACCGAACGUGGGAACCCGCCAGCAUGCGGCCAUCUUGUGUCCAGUUUCCCGCCCUCAGCUGCACGACAGAGCUAUCUGUGAGGUGGGUGAUUGUACCACAGGCAAACUAGUUGUGUCGUUGCCCUGCUUCUGUCCCUGUAGACGUAACGGCAAUGAUAGCAGCCACUCUAUGUAUCCGAUCUAGUAACUUUGCUUUUAGGACUAUCCAUUGUUGUCAACAUUUUAAUAAAGGUCAUGAAGUGAAAACUUCGACCAUCAUUCGGCAAAAGUCACCCGACCCCUCUGCCGACAUGUAGCCUGGUUCACAAAUUGGGCUUGCGUAACUGCAAUGAGCUUCUUCUGUUUCAAACACACCUGUCCCUUUUUUUGUCAUUCGUAGAAAUGCUGCAACAUCUCUGUAAGGGUUAGGAUGUUGAUAGUGGGAAAAAGACAUUACUGUCUGAUAGCGUCUGCUCUUCCAGCAUUUAUUGUCAUUUCACAAAAGCCUUCAUUAAAGGUCGGUUCAUUCAGGCACAUGCGGAAGCGAAGCGAAUUUGAAGGUCACAUAAAAGUUGCAGUGAAAUUUCGCACCGUUGAAAUGUGUUCAACUUUUGCAAAUUCGCAGCCUGAAUAUUUGAUCUGACGUCAUAAAUUCACAUUCGUUUUCACUUUUUUCACUCAAAGUGUGAACCGGCCUUUGCGGCAACUGGUAGAACAUUGGAUACUUCAGAUUGUACUGUUGUACACUGCGUCUUAUUCUGUAAAACUGACUAUUCACAAAGACUAUGAUGGAAAUUGUUGGCAACUAUGGAUACGCUUGGAGAACUAGUAAAGCUCCACGAAGCAACUCUUAUUAGCGUGACCUUAUAGUAAAUAUUUGUCUAACAUACAUAAAUCUGCAAAGAUCACUUGUUUCAAUGAAACUCUAAAACUGAAUUUUUUGGGAGAGUGAUUAAUUUAACCCUUUUGGGAAAUUUGAGAUUUUUUUAACAAACAGGUAUGCGGGAUAUUUGAUUUUUUUUUUAAGCAGCAGUUGAUGGAGGGAUGGUAUACAAGAUUUGUACAAUUAUGGAAUUUAUUCCUAGUUUGAUGAGGAAGAUUUGAAUUGAUUUCAAGAUGUACCAACACAAAUAUUUCCAUGGUUCUACACAUUAACAGCUUACAAUUAGUUGUAACACAUGUAGUACCACAAAAUCAUUCCUUUUGUUUUAUUGACCUUUAUAAAAAAAAUCCAAUUUUUUUUUGGUGGGUUCAGGGUAUCUAGGACUGCAUCUGAAUCGCUUGUCUAGGUCUAGGUCUUCACUCCAUUAGAAAUGCAUGAAGACGCGUAGACAAUAGACCUAGCCGUAGCUCUGGAAGCCUGUUUUGGACAUGGCCUGCGUUUUCAGUUAAAACAUUUUGAAGUUUGGAAAUCCAGUUGUUUUGCUCUGUCAAAGAUUUUGGGUUCAAAGGUACUUAUAAUUUUAAGUAUUAAAUUAUUAACACGUUAAAUUUAAAAUAUUACAGGUCGUGGCAUAUCGUAGAAUUUGAAUGAGAAAUUGAUCUGUCUGCAUUAAAAAGCUUUUCUGGUUUAGUGCAAUACACUGAUGUGUGCAUGGAAACAAAAAAUAAAGUCUGUGUAGUAAAACAAGAUAGUAAAGAUGUCAUUUUCAAGCAGGUUUGUUGAAUUGUUGAAUAAUUUAAAGCCCACUCAUACGGGCUCUGUGCUCAUUUACCUCCCCCUGACACCGGUGAGGAGAAAGCCAGGGCUGCCAUGCAAGCACUACUGCCCUCGUUAGUCCAGCGCCUACACUACACAACCCUUGUGGCAUUGCACACGUGCAGAUCACAUGCACCCUGCCAAGUAAAAGCACUAAGCAUGUGCUGUGUCUGGCAGGGUCAGGGCUAAUGCCAAGUUUUGAAACGUCCAAGCAAAUUGUCAGUCUGCAUGUCAUGGCAAAGGUUACUGUUGCGAAAUAACUGUUGACAUCAUAAUUCAAUGUGCUUUCAUGUGAAUCACACACUGGCUGUUUCAAUAGAAUAAUUACAAGUUAACCACCUGUGAAACACAUUUAUGUCUUUCCGGGUAAUAAUGAAAAAUCACUGUCUGAAUAAAUGGAUACGCUUAUGGUGAAAUUUAAAAAAGAAAA